AUGUUGACUGUGUCGACUUCCUAGAUUGAUUCUACCACGUAAACUAAAAUUGUGACGUUCCUAUGUUCAAAAAAGGAUAGGCCUACAGUUGUUUUAUGUAGAGACUACACAUCCUAGAUCCUAAUGAUGUCUAAUAUACAGGAGGUAGGCCUAAUUUAAAUUAAUUAGGUUAAUUAUUAGAAGCCUAAUCACAUUCAUAGUAAUUAGGUCUUGAGACUGUUAACUGUGGUUUGAUGGAUUAGUCUUUAACUUUGGUCUUUAGUUUUAGUUUAUUCGAAAAUAAAUUAUAAUUUGGGUUGCCGAGCCGCUAUCGCCAAUCUUUUCCAUACCUCCCCCCCCCCCCCCUUUUUCCAUUUCAUUUACUGAACUGAUGUACACUGAACUAAAAACCUUCCCGCUAGUAAGUUAAGUAAGGAUUCGUAGGUCCUAAUACUAAUACGUGUAGUUAUAUUGUUAUAUAUAAUAUACUUUUUUUAUUGGGGGUCCUAAGUUAGGACCUAACUGGUCUUAGACUUAGAGUUAGAGUGUCUUGGCUUAGUCAAUCCACUCUUAGUUCAGUCUUCUUAAGUCACUUAGACUCUAAUGUCUCUAGGCUAACAACUCAGUCAACUGCUUGGUGAUUCUCUGGUGCGGUCUUUUAAUUUUAAGAAAAUAGAAAUUAUAUAAAAAAAUCAUAGAAAAAUGACAAGAAGUUUGUUAUUUUGACCCCCCCUACAUUUAUUUGUAUAAUUAGCGCACAGUUUAGCCUCCCAAAUUUUCACUAGCACACCUCUACUAUGUUGGGCGUAGUAUCUGCACAUCAGGUGGAUUAAGGUGGUGGCACAUCAGGUGGAUUGGGGCGGUGGUACGUCAGGUGGAUUGUUACAUAUGAUGCUUUUUCAGGGGCUUAGGCUUAGCAAUAACAGUGACAGUUGAUUUUGUUAUUUUAAAAAAUUGAAUUCCAUGUGAGUCUAACAGUAUAACUUCUAUCUUUAGACUUAGAAAGUUAUAAGAGUUCAAAGGUGAGUCAUGUGAGCUUUUCUUUCCAAGUUCAUAGUGACCAGACUAGCAAGUUUGGAGGAUGAAACAGUUGAACAGAUUGAUGAAGACAGUAAUGAAAUUAGACUAAUGUAGAAAGUAAUUUUGAUGAUCUUUUACUUGAAGAUAUAUCUGAAACAGACUAUAAAAAUCAAUACAGUUACAUCAGUAGAUAAUAAAAUGGUUGGCAACAGUGGCCAUCACCAGUGGGUGAACUUAAUGACUCUCUAUAAACUUGUCUGUUCUGUUUCAUCCGGUACCAGGCUACAAGGGUCAUGGGUCCAUGGGUACUGUACUUGAGCAGGUGUUAUUCUAAUUUCUGACAGCCCACUCAUGAUAGUUAACUUAACACCAUUCUCUAAUUAUCUAGUUACAAUUCAAAGGCCUCAGAUGGAUUGUCAUUAUGAGGAGUUCUUUGGAUUAGGUUCUUGAAAAUGUUUGGAAUGGGAGUUGUGAAUUGUGAGUUGUUUUGGUAUUCUUUUGGUGUGAUUAGCUGAAAGUUCAAGGUUUGUAGACAUGUGAAGUAUAUAAAUGGUGUGUGAACAUGUGAUGAAAUUUAGUGCAGAGUAAAGUCAGAGAGUCAACUUAGAGCAUGUUGGUUUGUCAAGUUAGUUUUUCGAGAUUUUUUAGUGCAGGGUUGGUAGUUGCUCAAAAUUCUUAGUUUUCGUCAAAGUAAAUACCGGUAUAGGAUGUUAUAAUGUAAAGUUAUUGUGAAUAAAGUUAUUGUGGAUAUUGUGAAUAAAGAUUUGUUGUUAUUUCAAUUAGUGUUAUUGCUGCUUUUAGUUGUUAUCAAGUAUGGCUAGCAAGUCAUAAACAUUCAUAGACAACAUAUGCUUGAACAUAUGCCCACCAGUAGACAUACUAGGAGAGUUCGUAACAUUUGAGAGGCUCGUCAGGUGUUGUCAAGUGUUAAUGUUACUAAACAUAAAAUUAUGCCUAUAAAUGUUUACAUAAAUUAAAGCCUUUGGCUGAAAUAUGGUUUGGUAGCUCUUUCUAGAUUUCAUAACAGCAAUAGAAAUGAAAUAAAUAGAUGGAUAUAUUCUUUCUUAAACCACAGCAGACAAGACUCAGAUGGAGCAAAACAUGCAUCUAAUUAUUUUUUUUUGCAUAGUCGUAAAAAUAAGAUCUCUUGGAAAACGUGAAGAAUUUAGAGAAUGUAUUCAUUGGUCAAAAUUAGGCAACUUUUUAAUAUUUUACAAAAUAUAAGUGUCAAGAUGCCAUGUAAUAAUAAUAGCGUAAAACACCACAGCGAUAGCUAGCUAUACUAAAGCAUGUACACACUCAAUGUAAAUUAAAAGUAGCAAAAUGCUGUGUGCUUGGAACUAUUCAAGCUAGUUUCACUCAUGAACACUGACUGACCAUCACAUGACCAAGACCAACAUUUCACCCAUCCCCUCCUCUAAGCUGACGCUGACAUCCGUAUGGGUCCUACCUCAGGGAGACCAAGUCUACCACAUUUGAAUAAAGACAGAUGAUUUGUGGAAAGCAAAAUAAUUCCUAAUUAUUUCACUGCUCUAUCUGACCACUUCAGAUUGUCCCUUUUCUUACACUUUUUUCUUUUUAGCAAACUGUAAGAACAAAUAAAUGCAUAGUACUCAAGACCUUAUUUUCCUUGGAUUUUUAAACCAAAGUUAAAACUGUCAGCCUCUGACCAAUCACCAUCUCUGCAUGGCUACAUAUAGGCUCUGUUAUAUUUCUUAAACUAAUUAUUAAAUGGGCCUAUACCAUAAAAUCAUUUUUUAUUGCAAAACAAAUUAAAAUGGGGAAUAGGAAGUGAAUAAAUUUUUUUUUAAAAUGAGUUUAGAAAUGUCUUUAUUUUGCAGAAUGGGUAUAAUGAUACUUACCUCUUUGAUCCAGAGGUAUUUUUGAGAAUAGAUGAAAGUAAGUUCAAAUCAGACUAUAAAAAUGAUGUGACACCAUUAAAACCUGGUGUGAAUCUUCAAAUUCGACCAUUACGCCUUGGUGAUUUUGACAAAGGUAGGUACCACCAGUAUUGAAAGUUAAACUGUAAAAUGUUCUUUAUAUAUCUAUUCAAAGCAAUCCUGCUUGUUUUCUGAGGAUGCAGUAUUUCUUUUUUUAACAGCUGGCUUUUCCUCUAUUAAAUUGUUGUCAUUAUUGUCGAGGCUUUAGUGAAAUAAUGAGCUGUCACGGGGGUGGCAAGAUAUGUGUAAAUUUAUUGAAAGUCAAAAAAAAAUUUGACCUAAUAUGACACACCUAUAAAAGUUCUUAAGAACCCAGGGAUGUCAGUAAAAAUAGAAAUUCCUUUACAAUCUUUUGAUUUGAAAAAAAAAUGGAAAAGCUAAGCAAUUAUGAAUUCUUUCAGCUUGCUUUAAAUUUGUAUCAUCAUAUGCAUAAGAAAUUACACACUGGUGAGGAUAUCAUACAGUAAACUAAUGCAAUAAAAUAAGCCCAUGUCUUGACUUAUAGUCAUAUAUUAAUAGGGAUAUUUUUAAUUUUUAUUAAAGCUAUAUGGGAUCCAUUAUUUUGUAUUAAUAUAAUAAAUUAUUAAGAUUUUAAAUAUUGUAAGCAUAUUUCAUUUAUUGAGAUGACAACUCCCGGCUUUCACUGAAUGUAGCUAUAGAAUUUCAAACUUUGCUUUUGAUCUUGACAGGUUUUCUGGAUUUGUUGAAAGAGUUGACUGUGGUUGGAGAUGUCUCUCAGGAACAGUUCAUUAGUAAGUAGAACAUUUACGUUUUCCAUUUUCCAAAUUUGGAAAAUUUGUUUUGGAAAAUUUGUAAUGUUUGAAUAUGUUUAAAAUAUCCUGCUUAUGCAUCAUGAUUGCUCAAUAUCUUAAUAAUGAUAGUGUUUUAACUGUAUAUUGUUCCUACGUUUAAGUUAAUUGUAACUUACAUAUCUCCACAACUAUUCCAUAAAGGAUUUUAAUAUAUAGAAAUUUAAUAAAUUAUUUUCAUUGAUAAAAUAAUGGUCAAACUUUUAUAUCAAUAUAACAAAAUAAAUAUUUAAUUAAAUUUCUUCAAUUUACUUAAAAUUUCAGCUCAGUUCAAUAAAAUGAAAGCAUGUUCAGAUACUUAUUACAUAACUGUGAUAGAAGACACAUCAAAGAGCCAGAUAAUAGGGACCGCCACUUUGGUGAUGGAAAAAAAGUUUAUCCACCAGGCAACAGCUGUGAGUUUGCUUUUAAUCUAUAGAAAUGUAUAGUCUGUGCUCUUGUUCUCUCUUGUCUUUACUAUUGUAACUCUCUUCUGUCAGGUUCACCAAAACAUUUCAUAGAAAAACUGCAGAAAGUUCAAAACUCAGCUGCUAGAUUAGCAGCUUACUGAACUUCUUUCUGUCUAUUCACCCCUUUGAAAGCUUUGCUCCUCUGCAGACACACAUAUUCUUUCUGAUCCCAGAACACACACUAAAACAUAUGGUUAAAGAUCUUUCUCUUUCUGUGCCCCAAAACAAUGGAAUUCUCUCCCAUUACACAUACGGAAAAUACUGACCGUCCCAGCCUUCAAAAUCACCUUCAAGAUACUUCUCUUCAAACUGUACUAUACCAACUUAUUCUAACUGAUAAACAACACUCAAUGCUGCUGGGAUCUGUCCAUGGCUAGACAGGGGUCGAUAGUACUUGCUUAGGUGAGGUCAAGCUUUUUACCAAUUGUUGUUGCUAAAUGUAUUAUUUUCUAUAAUUGCUAAGUUAAUGUGAAGCGCAGUGAGCCUAGCCCUAGGCUGGGGUACUGUGCUAUAGAAAACCACCUUAAUAAUAAUAGUAUAAAAUUAGAGAAGCAGUAAUGUACUUUGACUUCUUACAGUGUGAAUAGAUGAUAUAUGGAAAGAAACUUUUAUACAAAGAAAACAUUUCAUAUUUAAGAUUUCAUAUGACAUUAAAAUAUUCAAUUAUUUAUUAAAUUUUUAUUAUUUUUUUUGUUGCAAUCCCAGCGAGCCAGAAUAGAAGAUGUUGUUGUAGGUAAUGAUUACAGAGGUCUGCAGUUAGGAAAGGUGUAAGUAACUUUUCUCUUGUUUGAAAUUUGAUUCUAAUUUAUGUUUGACUCUUAGCUCUCUCUGAACUGCAAUAAGAACUGCUUGUGUAAUAAUAUUUACUGCUACAGAAGAGACAGAAUUGAUGUGUUACUAAUAUCUUGGAUGGAACCACUGACCCUUUUUUAAAUUAUAUUUCUUUUUAUCUUACAAACACAGAUUAGUAGAUCUGCUGGUGUGCCUUAGUCAAGUUCUGGGAUGCUACAAGGUAUCUCUUGAAUGUAAGGAACACAAUGUCAAGUUCUAUGCAAUGUUCGGUUUUGAAAAGUCUCCAGAGCAGAACUUCAUGCAGAUACGAUUCUUUGAUUGACAGCAACCUUGGGGAUAGUUUUCCUCAUGACUAUAAUGAGACAUGUUGUAUAUUCCGGUGCAAGAGGAUUUUCUUUUUUUAAUCAGAAUUAUUUUUUUAUAGGAUAUUUUUUGGCUAUGAAAUCAAAACACUUUAAAAAAAAGUUUGAUAAAUAAAUGUUAAAAAAGAAAAUUAAAUUACACAAAUAUUAAUACUAUUUUACCAUUAACUUUCUGAGGCAACAGUAAACCUGGUAUGUGUGGCCCUCUCCUCUAUCACCAAACUAUUUCUUUACUCAACCGCAUGAUAUUCACAGAGCAGUUUGAGACAAGGACUCUAUUUUUAACUUUUAACAACAUGUUUAUUGGUACAGAUCUAUGGGAAAUGUUUGAGUAAAAUAUUUUAGGGUAAAGUAAACAAAUCUUGGUGUAAAUUACCCCUUAACUCCAUUGUUGUACUUGGAGUCACUUGAAUUUAUCAAUAAAUCAACAUGCUCAUUUUUAGUUCUGCCAAAAUAUUUCAACUUCAAGAUAAGAUAUAAAUUAAACUUACCAUUUAUUGAAAUAUAAAUAAAACAAGUUUUUCUUUGUAAUACAUAUUUAAAGAAAACUAAUUUCUUACUUUCAUGUUUCACCUGAUGUGUAUUUAUAUAUAUAUAUAUAUAUAAGAAUAUGAUAUAAUGGAAUGUUACUUGCUAUCAUAUAUAAUUAAAUUCUAGGAUAUUUAAAUUCCAUUAACUUUAAAUGAAUUCCAAGAAUUCAGGUUUUAGUUACAGUUUUAUUUAAUUAAAUUCAUUUCAUUUUUCUAACCUACAAUCAAAGUUCCUGGCUAUAGAUACAAUUAUUUCAUUCUAGGAAUGUAAAAAAAAAAAAUUUUCUCCUGAGAGAAUUUGGCUGCUGUCCACAUGCUCUAUCCAGAUAAUGCUCAGAUGGUUGUAACAAUUUGAACAAAAUAAUAACUUUAGUUUAUGUAUUUUGCUUUUUUUUUUUAAACUACUGUGUAAUUUUGUUAUUCUAUGGAAAAUUCAAAUAAAUUUUUUUCUUUAUUUUGAUUUUGAAAUCCUAAAAAAUAUAUUCUUUAGUCUGGCCUGAUAUUAAGGUCUGUAGCUAUACACGCCUUUUGAAUCAAUGGAUUUUAUUUACAACUUGAUAGAUCUGAAAACCUCCAUUGUCUUGUAUUUAAAAUACUUGCAAAUCUUUUGGCAAAUUUCAAUAGUAACUGCUUACUUUGCUUUUUUUUUUAUGACUAAAAGAUUACUUAAUAAAUUGAAUCUCUGUUAAUAAUUAUAAGAUUGUUUAAAACUGAUUUUGUAGAUACAUUGUUGGAAUUGAUGCUCAGUUUUAGUUGAUUGUGAUCAAACUAAAACACCAUGUUUUUUAAAAAUUAUUAUACGCUGGAUUUACAGUAAGUAUAAAAUAAAAUAAAAAAAAUUUGAUAUCAAACUAAAACACCAUGGUUUUUUUAAAUUAUUAUAUGCUAGAUUUACAGUAAUUUUAAAAUAAACAAAUGAAACAUUUUAAAAUUUGUUAAGGUUAUCAAUAUUUUGUUAUUAUAUCAAGAGACAAACUAAGAUAUGUAUUUUAAGAACGUUGAAAUGUUGCUGUUGUAAAUAUUUUGUUUUAUUUGUUAAGUUACUUUUGUAAUAUCUUCUUAGUAAUUAAAAAAAAAACAACUUACAAUGUUCUAUGAAGAUGGAAAAAACAAGAACCCAUCAAUUUAAAUUUUUAAAAUCUAUUUUUUCUUAUGUAUAAUUGUUAUUUAACUGUAGUUUAUCUUACAAUAUUAUAUUUGAAUAGAGUUUAUUUAUAAAAAAUAACAUUAGUCCCAAUCUAUAAUGAAGUAAUUUUUAUAAAAUCAUUUAUUUAAUUUAAAUUUGUUAAAAUUUAAAUAAAAAGAAAUUAGAGGAAUUGUACAGAUACUUGUGUAAAUAUUUAUAUGAACUAUUAUAUAAAUGCAUUCUUUGUUAUGAAUCUCAUUAUUUAAUUAUUCAUAAUACAUAUCAAUAAUAACCCAUUUCUGUGUUCCUAACCAUGUUUGAAGAUGCCAUACACAUUUUACAAGUAAUUUUCUUGCUGUAUGUGAAUGCUGUGCUCUUUGCAACUAUUCCAACAGCAGUGAGGGGGAUCUCAUAUUGCCAUGGUUUUGACACUGUAUUCAUUUGUAAUUUGUAAAAUUAUAUUACUUUGAGUGCAGACUCAAACAGAGUUGGUGAGCAUGUGUGCUGUGGAAUCAUUACAUUUUAUCUAUUAGCACAGCGUCUGAGAAAUCUAAGCCAUGACAUGUACAAUGUGAUCUAGUAGUUCUUAAGUUAACUUUCUGUCUGAAUGGUCAGCAACCACCUGGAAUCACUUUUCCCACAGAGAGUGUAAGGAAAGAAAGGUGCACAUAGUAAAUAAUGAGCAUUAUUUAAAAAUAACAUCUGGACACAAAAAUGUAGUAACACCAUUUGAUGCUUUGUCAUUGUUAGAAAACAAACCUGGUCUUAAUAAUCUGUCAGGAAUUUCUUUAUAUUAACUUAGCAGAUUUGUAAGUAAUGUAACAAAAUAUUAAAAUCUUCAGUAAGAUUUGGUGAAAUUUACUAAAUAUUGGGUUUUUAAUGCUCUGGAAAUUUUGGAAUCUUUUAAAAAGUUUAAUCGACAUGAAACUUGUUUUUGAUGUUGCACAAUAAAAUUAGAUCUAAGUGUUUUAAAAGUUAUAAUUUAUAGAUAAUCGAAUUGCACUUUGUCUUUGAUUAAAUUUAGAUAGGGCUUCAUCAAUUUCAUUUUAAAAAAAAAAAAAUUGCAAAAUGACUAUAGUUUUGUUGGAUACUCAGUUUUAACAUUCCCUCUUCGACCCUGUUACAGUAUCAAUCAGCUGUGCUAUUGUGAAGUAUUUAUCAAAGCAUAACCAUUAUUCCUUUAAAAAUUCUGUGCCUGUAUUGACUGCAGUUUAUCAUAAACUUUUGUGCCUUGAAACUUACUUGUUAAUCAUCUGAUUAUUUAUAUUACCGUGUACGGUAUAUCUCUAAACUGUUUUUUAAAAGAUUUUUUCUGUAAAAGCUCUUUUUGAGUUUCAUAGCUUUUUUUUUUUUAAAGGCAAACUUGUGAUAGAAUAUUUGCUUGUCCAUCGCAUACUUCAUUAAACAAUGUAAUAAUAACAGAAAAAUUAAUUAGAAUUAGCAUUAUAUUAUAAAAAUUUUUUGUUAGUUUGAAAAAAUUAAAAUCAUUUCUACCUUUAUUAUUAUGGUUGCUCAUGCCCAAGUACCACUGACUGAAUGCAUACAAAUUGUUUGCUGUGUGAAGGACAAUAAUCGAAACCCUAUGUUCUGAACCUUACUGGAUACAUUUCAGAAACUCAAACUUACACGUUUAUUAGUACAGUAUAAUAUUCAGAGAUGUUCAAUUGUCAAUUGUGUAAAACUUUAUUCAUAUGACAGUAAGAUGAAGUCAAGUCAAACAUUUUAGUGCAUUUUAUAAGUUUUAUAUAUUAGUAUAAGUGUUUCAGAUCUGAGUUUUAUUACCUAUUUUUUCAGGACUAGUACUUAGGAUUUUCUAAGCCUUGGUGUACAUGCAUUCUGUUGUUUCAUAGACCAUGCUAUGCAUUCAUUUACUGAAUAUGUACUUUCCAAUUUAAACAUCACUGCACAUCUUAAAUUUUAUUUAUGGAAGACACAUACUACAAAUCCUUUAAUACUAAAAACCGGGCAUCUUUUCGAAUCUUACAUAAAUGUUAACAGAACAAAUUUUAUUUACAGAAAGAU